UUUAGUAUAGUGCCAGUCGGGGGGGCGGUGACAUAUUUUACCCGUCAUCGUCUUAAUUUUAGUGAAUAUCUCGGGAAAAAGCAAAAAUAAGUGACGUUUUAAGUGUAAAUAGUUUAACAGGAUUAAACGUGAGAAUGGCGGGUCAGACUAUUAAUGAUAGGCUUUUAGCCGCUCGUCACAGUAUCGCCGGCCAGGGAUUAGCAAAAUCUGUAUGCAAAGCUACCACCGAAGAAAUGAUUGCUCCGAAAAAGAAACACUUAGAUUAUUUAGUACACUGCACAAAUGAGCCGAACGUAUCUAUACCACAGCUCGCGAACUUGCUCGUCGAGCGCACGCAGAACACCAACUGGGUGGUAGUAUACAAAGCACUGAUCACAGUACACCAUCUACUAGCAUAUGGCAAUGAGAGAUUUACACAAUACCUCGCGUCGAGUAAUUCUACGUUUCAACUAAGUAACUUCUUAGAUAAAAGUGGAGUACAAGGCGCUGCCGGUGCCCGAAUUGGCUAUGACAUGUCACCGUUCAUCAGGCGUUAUGCCAAGUACCUCAAUGAGAAGGCGCUCUCAUACAGAACCGUCGCCUUCGACUUCUGCAAAGUCAAAAGGGGGAAAGAGGAGGGUUCCCUACGCAUGAUGAACGCAGAGAAACUGCUCAAAACGCUGCCAGUACUGCAGGCGCAGUUGGACGGGCUGCUGGAGUUUGACUGCACGGCCAAUGAUCUCACCAAUGGAGUUAUCAGCAUGUGCUUCAUGUUGCUGUUCAGAGAUCUUAUCAGAUUGUUCGCAUGCUACAACGAUGGCAUCAUAAACUUACUAGAGAAGUACUUCGAUAUGAACAAGAAGAAUGCCCGUGAGGCUCUAGACCUCUAUAAGAAAUUCCUUAUCAGGAUGGAUAGGGUCGGAGAGUUCUUGAAGGUAGCAGAGAACGUGGGUAUAGAUAAGGGCGACAUUCCUGAUCUCACCAAAGCACCAAGCAGUCUUCUGGAUGCUUUAGAAGGACACCUCGCUGCUCUCGAGGGCAAGAAGGGCUCAGCCGCUAACACGCCCACACAAACCGCCAGUGCUCAGAAGAACGUAGCAAGCGUGAUGGGUGCCCUAUCGUCCACCUCAUCAUCAUUCGGCAAUGCAGCCGCCUCCACACGGCUCGAUAACCAGCCCAAUGGUGCUUCACCUCUGUUCAUUGAUGAUACUCUGAAGCAGCAAGCCUUGGCUGAAGAGGAAGCAGCCAUGAACCAAUAUAAGAAUAAGGUGCAAUCCCCAACAAGCGCAGCAGCCAACAAUCCGUUCCUGUCUGCCGCGCCAGCAGUCAACCAAACUCAGUCUAUUGUAGACCUGUUUGGUCCAACUCCUUCAGAUACAGCCAGCCAGACAAGCAAGGCCUCCGAUGAUCUCCUCUCGCUAGGAAACCCCUUCGCAGAUAUGUUUGGAGCCGCCCCACAAGCAGCCCCGCCCGCGCAGCCGCCCAUUUGGCAACAGCAGAGCAACGGUUUCGGUGCCACGUUCCCGCCGCAACCCGCGAACAACACAUUUGUGUCCGAGGCUAACUUCUCUAAUGUUUUCAGUAACACUGACACAACAGCUGCAGCGGCUAACCCGUUCAUGGGUAUGGGAGACCCCUCUGCCCCGAUAUCCGCAUCCCCUGCCCGUCCCCCGCCCCCCGUCCAAUCUAAACAACCCAAAUCCGCGUUCGAUGACCUCGAGGACGUAAUGCGUAUGUCCCUCGGCGGCUCUCCCGCCAAACAAUCCAAUCAAGCGAUCACACAACAACCUCAACCAAUACCAUCGCAGCCGUUCAGUGACGUCAUGUCGAUGCCGAUGGCCCAGCCAAUGAUGUUUGGUUCUCCGGCCCGACAACCGAUGAUGCCAAUGACAGCCAUGGGUCAACAACCUCAACAACAACCCGGGAAGGUCCUCACAGGGGAUCUAGACUCAUCCCUCGCUCAAUUGGCCAAUAAUCUAUCCAUAAACAAGAGCGCCACAGCACAGAAACCGAUGCAGUGGAACUCGCCGAAGAAUGCAUCCAAGCCUGGAGCCACGUGGACCCCGCAGCCAAUGCAGGCCACCACCGGAGUCGGAUACAGGCCUAUGGGCCCCGGCAUGACUCUCCCAUCAAUGCCUCACACCUUGCCCCAUACAUACCACCCCCCGCAUUAUAUUAUGCAACAGCCAGGGAUGGUAAUGGGCAUGCCCGGUGCCCAAAUUAUGCCGAUGGGGAUAGCCCAACCGAUGAGACCCGGCGUACAACCACAGACAACCACCAACCAGUUCAGUUAAAUUGGUCAUCUCCCUUAAUCGACCUGAAUGCUUCGCGUCUAGAGGUAUACGAAUGACAUGUUACAACAUGUUUGCAUCAAAUGUUUUCUUUUGAUACAUAUAUCAAGUCUCUAGAAACAUUUGCUUUUUUGAAACAUCCUGUAUAAGUGUUUACAAGAAAUUACAUGUAUCAAGCAUUAUGGUAGCGCAACAUGUAUUUUUGUGGAUACGUGCACGAAAUUUCUUUAAAUUAUUUGUCUGUACUGUCAAUUCGGUUAAUAUUAUUUAUGACUGGAAGAACAGUUAAUAGUUGUUAUUGUUUCAAAACAUAAAAGACAUACCAUCGCGACUAUUGUCCUAGGUGGGGUAGUCAGCCUCUGACGCCUGUAUGCCAACUGUUGUUUCAAUUGGGUAAAAAGAAUCACUGAUCUAGUGACAUUAAUUUCAUCGCAUUAUUAUAUUUGUAUUUAAUAAAAAUUUAAAUGGUGAAAAGCAGUCGGGUCUUAGGAAUUUAUGUAAUAUUUUGAACGUAUAUGUAUUUAGUUUAAUCAAAGUAAUAGAGGGACAUUUCAGGCGGUUCUUCUAACGUUACUGUUUGCCCAAUCCUAGUUAUGCGCUUCGUUCAAAAAUGUGUUUUAUGUUACCGACACAAUAAUAACUUAGUUACUCAAUUAUUAUAAUAUUUAGUCAUUAAAAAUAGUUAAUUAGUUUACUAAUGUGUGAGUAACACUGUUAUUCAUAUAACAGCAUGGGAUUUCUUUUGAAAUUAUAAAUAUUUGAGGUCUUUAUGAAUUAUUUAAAAUGUUUAGUUUUAUUAAUCAAUUGUUACUCGUCAUAUCUAUGAAGGUACGUCACUAUUUAAUGAUAUUUAGUAAAAAAAAUUAACAUGGUGUGUAUAUUGUUAUCAUUAGAAAUGUUAGUAUCAAAAUAUUGAUUUGACAUGCAAAUUGUAAUUGGUAAAUGUAUUUAUUAAGAGGAAUGAGUCAAUAGAAAUGUUUAUUUUUAAUUGAUUUUAGAAAUAUUUAAACAUUUCGCUAGUUCAUUGUUUUGGAAGCAUUCUUUUUUCAGAAUUAUUGUCUUAUGAAAACGGUGCGCGCUAUUUUUAUUUCAUUCAAAAUUCAAACCGACAUCACAUUCCAUAAUUGUACAAAAACAUAAUUUAUUGUUAGCGACAUAAAACAUGAAAUAUAUUUUACAUAUUUCCGAUUCAUUUAUAAUUUUGAGUCGGUAUUUAUGUUGAAGCUUAAUGCAGGCAAUUCAUAGCCGCGUGUGAUCUUUACUUGAAAUGAAGCGUGUACAAUACUCAGUGUGGUAGUGUGCGUAUUUGACACAUUGACAGUGUUGCCAACUUAUGGAUUUCCUACCCAAUAUUAAAUGUUUUUUAAGUAUGAAAUAUAUAUUACAAAACAAUUAGAAUAUUUCUAUUGAUUAUUAUAGAAAUUUCAUGUUUUUGUUUUCAAUUAGUAAUGAUUUAUUUAUAUGUCAUGGUGCUAGUUUUCUGAGCAAAUAAUUUGAUUUGUCCUAUUACCACACGUCACUAAUGUUACUAAUGAAUGUAUACACAAAAAAAUAUAUGAUUAUUACCAUUCAUUUCCUAUUUUAUUAUGAAAUGAUUUUUGAUAUUCCUAUUUUUAUUUUCUUUUUCAAAAUGACUUGUAACAAUUACUCAAAGGGAUAGACGAAUGUUUACAACACUGUAGUGUAGUUAAUCAUAAACCUACGCACACUUACACAUUAAGACACAAAAUUACGUUUAUUACAAGCAUAGUCCACACGCGCUCUUCAACUAUACUUUUAAUUCAAUCAAUGAAAUUUGUAGUACGUAGAUACACGGAAGUAGGUCCUUAUAUACCCCUAAUUAUAAUAUAAUGAAUGUAUAAAAUGCUAUAAUUUCGUAAUCAAUAGAUAAUUAAGGUUAAAGGUUUGAACACCGGUUUAGCUGGAUAUAAUCUAGUAUGAAUAGACUAGAAUGUUAAACCAGUGUUGCCAUAUAAUUGUUAGUUAUACGACCCAACUUGCUUAUAAUAAAAUGCGUUCUUGAAGUACCUUAAAUGUGCUAUUUCCGGCAAGUUCGCAUAUUGUCACGUAAUCAUAUGUAAAAACUAUUUAAUCUAGAUAAUGUUCUAUUAUGAAUUAGAUUGAUAUCAGAUUAGUGUUACGGGUCUGAUGUGUAUGAAUGCUGUUGUGAAUAUAUGGACUAGGUUCAUUCCACGUGACCAUUCCCUAUAUAUUGUGAUGAAUUGAUGAUUCAUCUUUGAUCCUGUAUGUUUAAUAAAUGCCAAAUACUUAGGUAUGGUACACGUGUAUUGUUCUGUCCUCUAUUCUACUCUUAUCGGUCACCGACAAUACUUUGUACAAAUGUUCUAUUUUGUAACUAUAAAAAUAUAUAUGAUUAGCUUACGUGUGAUAUUAUGUUCUAAAGACUGUAACGCAAUUCAUAAAAGUAUUACGUAUUUUUAAACUUUUCUUUUUCGUUUGGACAAAGUAUUGUAGGUACAAAUAAAUUGUUGCCAUCAUACGCACGAUUAAUAAGAAAAUGCAUUAACAUUAAAAAAAACUGUUUUUAAAAU